AUGUUUCAUGGGACAAUCACAAAAGAGCUCACCAGCCAUGAAGAGUGGAGUCACUACAAUGAGAAUAUAAUAGAAGAUCAGAAGGACUUUGUAUUUGUAAAGUACAAUGGCCUCCACCUGAAGUCCAUGGAAAACCUGCAGUCCUGCAUCUCUCUGAGAGUCUGCAUAUUCUCGAACAACUUCAUCACUGACAUCCAGCCCCUGCAGAGCUGCGUAAAGCUCAUUAAACUUGAUCUCCAUGGAAACCAGAUAAAGACUCUUCCAGAUCGAAAUUUUUGGGGUGGACUCAAGAACCUAAAACUCCUCUAUCUUCAUGACAAUGGUUUUGCCAAGCUGAAGAACAUCUGUGUGUUAGCCGCUUGUGCAAGUCUCAUAGGACUGACCAUGUUUGAUUGCCCGGUGAGUCUUAAGAAAGGCUACAGACAUGUUCUUGUCAAUAGUAUCUGGCCUCUCAAAGCCCUGGACCACCAUGUUAUAUCUGAUGAAGAAAUCAUUCAGAACUGGCAUCUUCCGGAGAGAUUUAAAACAUUCAACCACAGGCUAUUCUUUAACCUUUGCCCGGCAUUGAUAAAGGGUACAACCUAUGAGGAUGAAAUUAAUACUAUCAAACGUGUUAUUUCAAGGAUUAAUGGAAUUAUGGCUCAUAAUUCACCAGUGUUGAUUGUUCAAAGAUGGAUACGUGGUUUCAUAGUUAGGAAACACUUAAGACCAUAUUUUACACGUAAAAUGCCUCCGCAGAAAAUUAUUAAGGUACUUGAAACAAAAUGGACCUGCGUAGAUGGAAGACAUGAAGACAAAUUCUUGGAGGAUAUCUUCCUUUUCAAGCCUGAAUCUAAUACAAAAGGGAAGGUUGCACAGUGGAAACAAACAACAUAUACUCCUGGCAACUUUCAAUACUCUCUUGAGUACAUAAGAUACAUUUCCUGCCUUUCAAAUGAAUUGAAAACAAAAGAUAUUGACAGAAAACCAAAAUCACCGGGACCUCCCACUCAUAAAGGUCAGAAGGAGUCUAGAUCUGACUUUGAGGAUGAAGAAGUGGACAUUAAGUUUAGGAUAUCUGCUGUGAAGUCUCCUUUAUAUUGCCCUAGAUCAUUCAAGUAUGGUGCAAUGUUGAGGGAGAUGAAGCGGGACUAUUUCCUGAAUUACCUCCAGCCCCUGCCUAGCACUCGUCCAAAGCCAGCAAUUGAAAGAGAGACUCUACAGCAGCUGAGGGAAAGGAGAGAGUUUUUAACCUCACAGAGGACAGGCAUAAAGCUCCACAUUCUUAAUGAUCUUGAUAAAUAUCACUCAGAACGAAAGCAUCAAGAAAAACAAUCAGAAAAAUCAACAGCCAUAGUUAAAGCACAAAUCGCCCAGGAAAGAGCUAGGCUCAACAUUAGAGAGAACUUAAGGAAGAAGACGUAUAUGGCACAAAAGCUAAUGGAAAAGGAUAAUGAGAUAAUGGAGAGAGGCUUACGGCAAAUUUGGAAGGAAAAACUUGCUUACCUUGAAAAAGUUAGAGAGCGGAAAACUACAUUUCUAGCUGAAAAAAAGCUAAAUGCUGCAGAUCAUUCUCUAGUGCAGACCAUAAGCAAUGAACGGACCCUUCUGUUCAGAGGAAUCAUGAAAGUUGACAGAAUGAAGCAAAACAUGGCCAACUUAAAACAGAAGUGCCAGGAUGUCAACAAUAAAUGGAAAACAGAAAAGUACAAGCAAAGUUUGACGAGGCAGAUGAAGGAGCUCAGGGCUGAAGUAGUUCGUAAAAGACACUGUGAAGAGAAAUUUGUUAUCGAUACACUCAUCUUUCAGAAAGGCUGUGCACGGCUAGAGGAGGCUAAAGCGAAGGCUGACUUUAUUAGGACAUACUAUACCUCUAAGUCUCUUAAAAGAUAA